AUGGCGGACGCAUCGGGAAACGCGCUGAAGCGUCCUCACCCUGAGGAUGAAGGCGACAACUCUCAGAAAAGAACCCGUUCAAACAAUGGAUCUCCUGUACCGGGCUCGGCUGGUGCUCCCAAACGAGACAUUGAGAAGAUGAUUGCCGAAGCACGAGCCAAGGCAGAAGCCGUACGCGCUCGGCUGCAAGCUGCGCGCGGCGGUGCGACACCCCCCGUGCCCCCGGCAGAGUCCAGCCCAAGUCCCGCACCACCCGCAUCGACACCUGCCUUAUCCAGAUUAGAGCAGAUGAAAGCAAGAGUAGCAGCGGCUACGGCGAAGGCCAACGCACCUCCUCAGCGACCCGAACCACCCGCGCACUCAUACCAACAACCCCAAGCAUUCGACGAUGAUAGUUUUUCAAAAGCUCGCGGUGGUCUCGAUGUUGGCCUUCAUCCAGCGCUACUUUCGGACGCUACUCCGGAUUUCCGGGGUAGCAAAGGCCGCCAGCAGUCGAAGGGCGACCGAGCAGGAAAUCGUGGCAAGCAACUUGAUUUAUCUGGGCCAUCUCUUGAGGAGAUCAGAAACAAUCCCUAUUUCGAUCCUAGCCUUGGGCCGAAGGCAACUCUUGCCAAGCCUCGACAGGCUCGGGAGCUUGCGUUCAACCAGAAAGGCAAAUAUAUUCAACAAGCGGCAGCGCUGCGUCGGGCAGAGCAGUUGGAGGCUAUGAAAAAGCGAAUUGCCGAGCGAGCUCGUCUGGCCGGCAUCGAUGAGGAUAUGGAUGUAGAGAAGGCAUACGUUGUACCCGCUCCUCCAGCCUUGGAAUGGUGGGAUGAGAAGUUUAUUGACGGCAGCGACUAUGCUACCAUUGAUGACCCAGCCACCUUGAAAAUCGAUACCGUCAUUACCCACUAUAUCCAACACCCCAUUCAACUUGAACCACCACAGGAGAAGCAUGUGCCCACUCAGAAGGCAAUGUUCCUCACACCAAAGGAACAAGCAAAGAUUCGUCGACAACGCCGCAUGGCAGACUUGAAGGAACAACAAGCAAAGAUUCGAUUGGGUCUCGAGCCAGCACCGCCGCCCAAGGUCAAGAAGUCCAAUUUGAUGCGAGUAUUGGGAGAACAAGCAGUCAAGGAUCCAACGGCCGUGGAAGCCCAGGUGAACAGAGAGAUUGCGGAGCGUAAAGCGCAGCAUGAGCUUAUGAACGAAGAGCGCAAGUUGACCCCAGACCAACGACGCGAGAAAUUGGAGGCUCAACAAGAAAAAGAUUCAGCUUUGGGUAUCUUCAUGUCGGUCUACCGAAUUGACAGUCUUGCAAGUGGUCGAAACCGUUUUAAGAUUGGCAAGAAUGCGGAACAAAAUAAAUUGACAGGAAUUUGCAUCGUGCAUCCAAGGCUAAACCUCGUCAUUGUUGAGGGAGGAAAGCACUCCGUGAAUAAUUACCGGAAAUUGAUGCUCAACCGAGUUGAUUGGACUGAAAACCCUGGCCCAACCACAUCAGACCGCAACCGCGAAAGCGAGCCGUUGUGGUUGUCUACGGAAGAUGACAAGGGUGAAUCACGAGACUUUAGUCAGAAUACCUGCAACCUCAUCUGGGAAGGUCAAUCCAAGUCUCGUUUAUUCAAGAGAUGGGUGGGAGCGAGGGUCUGCGAUACAGACUCAGAGGCCAAGGCUGCUUUGGCCCGCACCAACACUGAAAAUUUCUGGACCUUGGCGAAGAGUUUCAAGCCAGCGGAGUAUUAA